AUGCUUACAUGGGGUGCAAACAGCCAUGGCCAGCUGGGUACAGGAGAUGAUAAAGAUGCUUAUGAACCUAAAAUCAUUAAUUUCACUGGUCCGAUCGCCCUGAUCUCCGGUGGUGGUGGUCACUCUCUGAUUUCUGACGAAAACAAUAUAUUCAGCUGUGGUUUGAAUUCUGUUGGUCAGCUGGGUCGUUCAAAUGACUGCAACCACUUUAAAAUUAUUCCUUACUCUUUUGCAUCAACUGUUAAUAAAGUAUCGUGUGGCUGGGAUUUUUCUGUUGCAGUACUAAGUGAUGGAUCUGUUUUCUCAUGGGGCUCAAAUGAGUAUGGACAGUUGGGUACAAAAAGUAUUAAUUCAAGCAUAAUUCCUGUUCGUGUUGAUGUAGAGCCUGUUCGAUCUAUAUCUGCAGGUCUAAGGCAUGUCGUUUCUGUGACAGUCUCCGGAAAACUGUAUGGUUGGGGUUCUAAUCACCGAAAACAAUUAUUGUUUGAUAAAAUAAUGAUUAAAGCUGAGGAUUAUGACGAAUCGAAACAAAUAUGUUACCGUCCCACUCUACUGAACUCUGUAUUUGGCGAUACACAUGAGUGGGUCGACUGUGCAGCUGGUGCACAUCAUUCAAUUGCGAAAACAAGUAUGUCAUAAGCUCCUGUAAGUGUAAUCUUUUUUAUCUAUUGGUUUAAU